AUGACGUCCCGAAAGACGCAGCAGGAGAUCGACAAGACCUUCAAAAAGGUCGCGGAGGGUAUUCAAACGUUUGAAGGAAUUUACGAAAAGAUUCGCGCCGCUACAAAUCCCACACAACGUGACAAGCUCGAAGAGAACCUAAAACGAGAGAUCAAGAAACUCCAACGGUAUCGUGAUCAAAUCAAAUCAUGGGCAUCUGGCAAUGAGGUCAAGGACAAAGGCCCGUUGCUUGAGCAGCGGAGAGCCAUUGAGACGUGCAUGGAGCAAUUCAAAGCCGUCGAGAAGGAGAUGAAGACGAAAGCAUAUUCCAAAGAGGGACUCUCUGCCGCAUCACGACUUGAUCCAAAAGACAAGGAGAAAGUUGAGACCUGCGAUUUCCUAUCCAAUAUGGUCGACGAGCUGCAACAAAAGAUCGAGGCAAUGGAGGCGGAAGAGGAGUCAUUACAAAUGUCGAUGAAGAAAGGAAAGAAGGAUGUUACCAAGACAAAUCGUCUAGGAGAUCUUGCGAACUUUAUUGAGCGGCACAAGUGGCACGUAAAUAAACUGGAAUUGUUACUACGGUCACUCCAGAAUGGCAACAUCGAAACGAAUCAGGUGCUGGACCUCAAGGAGAGCAUCAAAUACUACGUUGAGGACGGUAACCAGAUCGACUACGCCGGGGAAGACGAGACGCUGUACGACGAUCUGAACAUGGGCGACGAUGCCGAAGCGCAAUUCGGACUAGGCGGUGACAACGACCGGGUGUCGUCGCAGGACACUCAGUCAAUGCAGGACGAGGAGGUCGAACCCAAGCCGAAGCCCAAAGUUGAAGCCAGCGCGACCAGCCAUCGCAGACCCUCCGCUCAAAUGAAAUCCCCGCUUCCGGUCUUAGCAACACUACAUCCGUCAAGUUCAAGCAUUUCAACGUCUGGCAUGAAGCCUGCACCUCCUCCCACGCGUCUGCCCGGUGAAACACUCAAGUACGCUUCUGCUGCUGCUGCUGCUGCCGCAAGCGAUAAGAACGGAGUGGGAAUUGCUCCUCUGCCGCCUCCUCCAGGUGCUAGCCCCGCCUUCCCCGCUGCAGUGCCCGCCUCCAAAGCCUCCUCUACCGCCUCACCUGUUGUAACCCUAGCGCAGCCUGUUCCGAAAGCAACACCUACAGCAGCGAUAGUCGCAGAGGAGGGUCGUUCGCGAACGCCUGCUUUCAGUCCCAAGGUUUCUGCUGCCGCCAGCGCCUCAAAUACAGUGCCAAGUACUCCUGCAAUGGACAAGGCAGAAGCGGCCACCAUGAAAUCACAAGCUGCCGCCAACGGAGAGUCAAGUAAAGAAAUCCAGUCAGGAGAGGAGUCCAUCUAUCACCUGCCUCCAGGUCUACAGGAUCUGAUUCAUUCGUUCGAAGUCACCAAAAGCCGCGCAUCAACGAACCCCUCAAGCCAGCCACCUUCUGUGCAGCGCCUUCUCACAGCAUCCGCUGCCAAUUGCCCGGAGCCCGGAGACGCAGAAAAGCCCCGUCACUACAAGCCCCAGAACCCAUAUAAUACGCCCCUUUACUACCCCCAGGAGCCUCUGGCCAUCUUUGAUGACCCAAGACUUUACGAGACAGGGCGCAUUGAUACAGAUGCGUUGUUUUAUCUGUUCUAUUACCGCCAAGGUACAUACCAGCAAUACCUGUCGGCAAAGGCGCUCAAAGGUCAAAGCUGGCGAUUCCACAAACAGUACCAAACAUGGUUCCAGCGGCACGAAGAGCCCAAGACGAUCACCGAGGAAUUCGAACAAGGCACCUAUCGCUUUUUCGACUACGAAAGCACUUGGAUGAAUCGUCGCAAGGCGGAUUUCAAGUUUGUCUACAAGUACCUAGAGGACGAGUUGUGA